AUGUCAUCAUCAACGUUCAUCCAACGUUGGACAUCCGUGAACGAUUUGACGACGACGACGAAUAGUAACAAUAACAAACAGUCAACCCCUUUUUUUCUGCGACCCCAAUCUGUACCAUCAUCUUCAUCAUUAUUAUCAACUUUACAACUUUCACAAUCAUCAUUAUCACUAGUCGAAUCAUCACCAAUUCAUUUAGAAAUUCAAUGUCAACUAUUUAAAAAUCGUGUACUUUCAUCUCGGGUUGCUAAUAUAAUUCGUCAAUUUGAAUCACAAGCUGCUUCAUCAUCAAUGAAUAAUCAUACAAAAGUAUCUUCUCCAAUUCGCAGCGUUUUUGUUAAACAAUGGGAAGGUACAAGAAAAAAUGGAAAUUCUCCACGAACUCCACCAAUUGUCGUUGUUGAUACUUCUUCUCCUAUUCCAUUUACUUCAAAAAAGAAUAAUAAUCAUAAUCAUAAUCAUAAUCAUAAUCAUAAUAAACCUCAACCAAUUAUUAUCUGUGAAAAAAUAGCUAAUCAUAAUAGACCUAUUCCACCACCUGUUAGUCCAAAAACUCCUUUAACAAAAACAUGGUCUCAACUUAAACAAAUAUCUCAACAACAAAAACAACAGGUCGAAAUUAUUGAAACUGAUACUAAUUCUACAGUACAUAGAAUGGUUGCUGUGAUUAAUAAUGCUAAUAAAGAAUCUGUAACAUUAUCACGUUCAAGUACAAGUGCAACAACAGAUUCAACUUGUUCAUCAUCAUAUUCAUCAUCAUCGAAUGCACCAUCACCUCCUGGUUUUGCUCGUCCAACAAUAGCUUCAACUCAAAAACAACGUCAAUUUAUUUCUAAUACAAAUACUUUUAAACGAGCUAAUUCACCUUUUCCACCAGUUACUACAUUUACUCGUACAAUUUCUUCAACACCAUCAACUAUUGUACCAUUAUGUUCAAUCAAUGAAGAUUUUGAACAACAUCAACAACAAAUACAAACAUCUACAUUAACAAAUCGUUUUUGUUCAUCUGAUGUUAAUUUAAUUGAUCAAUAUCGUCAAAUAUCAACUUCGGAAAAAAUUUUAUCAGAAACAAAUUUAUUACAAAAUUCAAUAACAGAAAUCAUAACUAUAAAUACAAAUCUACCAUUAAAAUACAAAAGAGAUUCACUUAUUCGACUUUACGGGCCCGAUGUACUGCAACAACGUGGUCAUCAUACAUUUCAUGAUGUUGUAUUAGAAGAUGAUGUCGAUCCACCAUUUUCACCACGUAUUGUAACAAUAAAAAAAAAUAAAUCAGUUACAGAUGAAUAUGAACUUAUGGAAAUUCUUGGAAGAGGAAAAUUUGGUGAAGUUAAAAAAUGUCGUGAAAGAUCAACUCAACAUUUAUUAGCAGCAAAAUUUAUUCAACUAAAUAAAGAACAAGAUCGUAUUGAAGCAUUAAAUGAAAUUGAAAUAAUGAAAGCACUUCAACAUCCACGUCUUCUACAACUUUAUGAUGCUUUUGAAACAAAAGGAAAUAUUUGUCUUAUUAUGGAAUUAAUUAGUGGUGGAGAAUUAUUUGAACGUGUUAUUGAUGAUGGUUUUAUAUUAACUGAACGUCUUUGUGAAUUAUAUAUGAUGCAAAUAUGUGAAGGUGUUAGUUUUAUGCAUUCAUGUAAUAUAGUUCAUCUUGAUAUGAAGCCGGAAAAUAUUUUAUGUGUUAAUCGAGGUGGUCAUAGAAUAAAAAUUAUUGAUUUUGGUCUUGCAAGAAAAUUUGAUCCAAGUAAACAAUUAAAAGUUUUAUUUGGUACACCUGAAUUUGUUGCACCAGAAGUUAUUAAUUUUGAUAGAGUUGGAUUUGGUACAGAUAUGUGGUCUGUUGGAGUUAUUUGUUAUGUUUUAUUAUCAGGUUUAAGUCCAUUUAUGGGUGAAAGCGAUAAUGAUACAUAUGCUAAUAUAAAUCGAGCUAGUUAUGAUUUUGAUGAUGAAUCAUUUACAGAUAUAUCAAAAGAUGCAAAAGAUUUUAUUUCAAAAUUACUCGUCAAAGAUAAAGAUAAACGCCUUUCAGCAAGACAAUGUCUUGCUCAUCCAUGGUUAAUUCGUCGACCAAAAUUAAUAAGUGUCCCAAGCGAGGAAGAACUAGCUGAAAAGCAACUAUCUACCAAAAAACUACGUAGAUUUGUUAUAAGACGACGUUGGCAGAAAGCAGUUAAUGCUUUAUUAGCAUUGCAACGUAUGGGAAUGACGUUGUAA